AUGGGAUACCAUCCAGCUGUAAGAGUGCUCGAACAGCUACAGAAAAGCGUAAAGAAGGUCCUCCCUAUAAAGGACACCAUAUCACGCUCUCGCAACGGCGCAGUAGUAUUCAUCCCACCCCUGCAACGCCUCCACAUCUACUACGACCACCCAAGAAUGGGGGCUGGAGGAACAUCAAAAGGAAUGGUCGAAUGGCUACACACAAAACUCAUCCCAUUUGCUAAAUCUCAUCCUCAUAUCGAAAUCGCAAUACAGCCAAGAGGCCAACAGCCACCGGAAGUCGUCGGCAGUUAUGGCACAGGCCAUCAGAAGAAGAUGUGGGUGGCCAAAUUGGAUAGGGACGAGAUACAUAGAAAGAUACUCUAUCUUGCUAAUACUGCUGGUGGAGUGGACCGGACGUAUACAACGCCGGUGCUGAGGGCACGUGGGGAAGGGGUCGAUCCGGUGUGGAAUCCAUUCCAGGCGGAAAAGACUUUCCAUCCUUGA